CUGCCAUGACCUUGACCCUGGAAGCACAGCCAUGUGGCCCAGUGCUCGGAACCCACGGCUGCUCGAAGCGGCUCUUCGCUCGACGAGCCCAUGGAGAGCGCGUCCAUGUUCGCGACCGAGUCGUUGAGUGGACGCAGGCGAAUGGUGCGGUGUGCGACCGGACCUUCCGCUUCGACGCGCCACCGCUCGACGUGGCCGUGCUGGCCGACGACGCCGACGAUGAAGCAGCGACGCGCAAGAGUCUCUGCGUCUUGACGAGCCCCGAUACGAUCACGUUCAUCUCGGCGAUGGGCACGGUCACGGACGUUCCACUGCCCUUCAAGGCGGCCGCGAUCUUCGCCAUGACCAAAGGUAUCUUGAUCCAGCGGCAGGCGACGUCGCUCGUUCAAGCAUCCGCGAGAGCCGGAAGGAGCCCGACGCUCUUUAGUCUCGUGCAUCCGCUCGAAGAGAUCAAGCCCGUCGUGCUCGAGACGCUGUCGGAGCCGCGGAGCUGCAUGUUCGUCGCCGACCCGCUCGCGUCGGUGGUCCACGUACACGAGUCACCGCCGUUCGUUGUCUUUUACCACCACGACAAGACAACGCUGAGCAUCAAGAGCAUCAUAUCGUCGGCGCCCUCCGCGUCCAAGCCCAGCUCGAUCGUUGCCGAGAUCGUCUUGCGUGGAAUUUGGGAGAGCCCCGAGCUCCCCAGCUCGGACCCGAGCGACACGAGCAUCUUUGUCGCAAGCGACGUCGACGGGCAGCCUCUUCUCGCCAUGAUGCAUCGCCCGAGCGCGCAGCUUCUUCUCCAACAGCUCGCAUGGGACGGCUUGGAGCUCACGGUCCAUCACGCGUCGCCGACAACGUUCCUUCCGUGCUGCGAUGCAGUGCCGUUGCGUCGCGAGCACUUGUCCACCUUUGGCUACGACGUUCUCGUGCAAGAGCGUGAUAGGCAACGUCUCGCGCUGUACCGAGGAGCUCAUCGUCUGUGCGUCGUCACCAUCGACGCGCCACGUCCAGAGCGACGCGCAAAACUCCCUGCCUUUGGGCCCUCGAGCCCGAUUGCAGCGCGCCCGGACGCGCCCAGUUUCGAUAUGACGGAUGCGAUGCUCGACGAGACGCUUCCUCCCGUCGGAGAGCCGACGAUCGCGGCUGGGGCCGCGCCUCUGACAUUUGAAGUCACGCACAGCGAUGGACGCUGUCAGCAGUUCCUUCUGCCGCUCAGCCUUGCGGCCUACCCGCUUCUACACCGGGCCUUUGCCGUCCUCGAUGCACUGCUACCUCCACAGUUGGCGCUCACAUGGCGCCUGCAGGUGGUCGCGAGUCCCGAGCCGUGGGCUGCGUUUCAGAGCGCGCUCGUGCCGCCGAUGGCACCAAUGGAGCCUCCCAUGUCUGCGUUUGAGAGGUUGCAAGCCUCAACCUUUCACGCUACGUACUACGGACUUCCGCUCUCCGGGCCUCGCACCUCGCGCCGAAGUGUACGCACCAACGUGCGAACAAGGCCAAUACCCGCACUCGACGAGCACAUACGAGACAUCUUUUGUGGGCUGCACUUGCUCUACGAAGACUUGAAGCUCUCGAGCCUUGUCUCGUUGCUCGUUGCUCCGCUCGGUGAUAUUCUCCAUGCAAUCGCGAGCACGCAUCGCUGGACGUCGUACGUCGCACACUACGCGGCCGACCAUGGACCACGGCCGAUGGUAGCAGCAGCCGCCAAAGCACUGCCCGAUCCCUUUCAAGGCCGUUGCAACGCGAGUCCUGUCGAUAUUUUUGCGUGGCUCCAGCACAAGAUGGCGACCCAUCACUUCAACACAAUGGAAGCCAACAAGAGUCAAGGCGUUGGACGCCAAGUGGACGCGUACCCGACGCUGCCUGUCCUAGCGCAAACGGCGACGGUCCUCGAACUCUACGACGCACUGUACCCGGAGGCCCCGAUGCCGCUGCACGCGCGGGCGCGCUGCGUUGUCGCACGUCUUGCGGCGCUCUCGCUGCCGUGGGAGGACCUCCCGGUCGGCGUCGCAUUGCCGCUCAAGUACGCCGUGUAUGUAACUAAGCACUUUCCCGAUGCGUCCUUGAGCCCGGCCGAGUGCCGCCUCGUGAACCGAGCCGACUUGCUUCCGGAGCACGACGUGCCGUGUGCACUGCCUUUGGUCGACAAGGAAACGCUGGACGCAUCACGGGACAAUGACGACGGGUUCUCCGACGUCCUUAUCGCGAGUCAACCGCUCUUUCCAAAAGACCAGCGGCUCAAGGAGGUCUCUCGACUACUGCGCUCCAACAAGCCGAUGCUGCUCAAAGUCCAACGCGAGGCGCACCAUUCGGACGCAGAUGUGCUCUCGCUGCAGCAAGCGCGACUGCUCUUGCUCUGUAAGCGCUCGAUGAGCUUGUCGGUCGGUCGCGGCAUGGUGACGCUCGGGAGCUUGACCGCGCAGCAGUCGUCGGUGUCGCCAUAUACGGCGCGGCUGUCGAUCCCGCAGCUGCCGCUCACCGCGCGUGUGUCGGGCACGAACGCCAAGACUGUGCUUGACAUUUCUGGCUACAAGGAGAUUACGCAUUGGCCGCAGUUUCACAACGGUGUCGCGACCGCACUGCGACUCUCGCCACACGACCGCGUCACGGUGCAGUGGGUGCUCUCGCAUCAGCCCAAGCCGAGCACCGACGAGUCGGACGAAGCGGUUCGCUUGUACGAAGAAGCGUGUGCGGGCCACGCAGGCUUUCUCUUUGGUCUUGGUCUCCAAGGCCAGCUGCAAUGCCAAUCGCCGACAACAACGUACAAGUAUCUCUCGCUUGGCGACGAGCUCACGUCCGUCGGCUUCCUCCUUGGCACGGCCGCGAGCACGCUGCAUCAUCCAAAAGACAUGAACAUCGAGCGCGCGGUCUCCAAGAUGCUUUCGAUGCACAUUCCGUCGCUGUGGCCGCCGUCGUUUGCGCACUUGCACGUACCGGCGUCGGCCCAAACCGCCGCCAUCAUGGGUCUCGGGCUGCUCUACCACAGCACGGGCAACCGUCUCAUGACGGAAUUCCUCCUCACGGAAAUGACCCAAGGCCCGGUUAUGACAAGUGCCGGCGCUGCCUCGGGUACGGCCGCAACGCCGUCGACCGAAACGGUGCAGUUUGAAGGCUACGCGCUCACGACCGGCUUUGCGCUCGGACUCAUUUUGCUCGGGCGAGAGAGUGACCCAGGGCUUGUGGACCUCAACGUGGAUGCGAAGCUCACCAAGUACAUGCUCGGCGGCGAGAAGGAGCGCGGCCAUGGGUCGUGGGCGCCUACCGAGCUCAACUGCGUCCUCCGAACGCGCAAGUUGCAGCAGCGCGAGCUCAUCAACGUCGACGUAACCGCGUCCGGCUCGGCGCUCGCGCUCGCGUUCAUGUACAUGUGGAGCAACAGCGCGUCGAUCGGCCAGCGGCUCCACGUGCCGUCGACGCUCGUGCUCCUCGAGACCAUCCGACCCGACGUGCUCUUUGUGCGUGCGCUGGCGGCCAACCUCGUGCUCUGGAACAGUAUCGAGCCGACGCGCGCGUGGGUGCUCAACAAGCAGCUCCCGCCACCGCUUCGCCCGAGCGGCCUGCUGCACUGGGUCGCCAUCGACGACGGCGGCGAUCCGACAACGAUCCAAGAGGCGUACGCCAACAUCAUUGCUGGCGCGUGCUUUAGCAUUGGGUUGAAGUUUGCGGGCACACACCACCCUGGCGCCAAGGGCGUCCUCAUGAGCUUCCUCGACGAGUUCCAGCUCUGGCGCGCCAAGCUCGGGCGGGCCGCCAACGUGAGCCGCGUGACGCUCGAGCGCGUUCUUGGCACGAUUGCGCAGUCGCUGGCGCUUGUCAUGGCCGGUACGGGGGACCUCGAAUGCCUCCGCCUACUGCGGUCGCUUCUGCUGCGGCAAAAGGCCGACGCGCAGGGCGACAUUACGUACGGCAACCACAUGGCCAUGAGCUCGGCGCUCGGUCUUCUCUUUCUCGGUGGUGGCCGCUGCUCAUUGCGUAGCUCCCGCCUCGCAACCGCGAUGCUCGUCGUCGCCUUGUACCCACUGUACCCGACCAAGACGACAGACCAGCGCUACCACUUGCAAGCCCUUCGGCAUCUGUAUGUGCUCGCGAUCGACCGGUCGCGGCUCGUGCGGGCGCUGGACGUCGACACGCAUCACUGGACACCGAUGCCCCUCCGCAUAUGGACGCAGUUUGGCGCCGCGCCAUUGGAGGUGCGCACGCCGACGCUGCUGCCCGCACGAAGAAUGCUGUGCCGGCUCGAGACGGCAGCGAACGAUCAUUUUCCGAUCGUAAUCGACUGGCGCACGAAUGCCAACAGCCGCGCGUUGCUCUUGGAGCAGCACGGCGUGCUUCGCAUCAAGCGCAAGCUGGGGGCCGAUGCGCCGCGCGCGACGUUCUUUGCGUCGUUUUCAAACCUCUUUGCGACCGCGUCGACGCACGAGUCGGCCGCCACGUGGAUUGCGUUUUGCGCGCGCUUGUACGAAGAAUGCAAGCGUGAGAACAAGCCCGACUGCAUCGCCGUCUAUCUGAACGCCAAGCGCACCGAGGUCGACGUACUCGAGCGCCGCAUCACGCACACACUGCUCGUCGCCAACCUCCAGCUUGUGCAGCUGCACAUGGAGCUCGAUGCGCACAUGUUUCGAGCCUGUGACGACGACGCAUCGACCGAGCCGCACCGUGUUGGCCGCCUUGCGCAGCUCGUGAACGAAGACUUUACCCUCGGCUACAGCAAUGCGCUCUUGGCGUCCUUCGAACAAUUGGCGCUGCCCACCUCGAUCGAGACAAACGAACCACCCAGCUCCCUCCUGCAUGCCGCCUACCGCCGAUACCUCGGGUCCCCGCUUCUCGCCCAGCUCGAAUAGCUGACGCUAUCGUUGAUCACUCUCGUCCAUCCUCCAAGAAUGCAAUAACCAAGCACUGAUGAUAGAACAUGCAGACUAGUAUUAGAUAUAUAUCGACUAGAUAGAAACGACUCUAGUUGCCGA